CUUGUACAGCCAAACCAAAACGAGAGAGAGAGAGAAAAAAAAGAAAGUAAAGGGCAGAGAAAACCGAGAGAGGAUCUCUGAAUUUUCAUCAGUGAGAGAAAAAAAGAAAACAAACAGAAAAAAAGUUUCUCCUACAAAGUCUGAGCCUGUUAGAAGAUCUAAUCUUGUAAAUUUUAUAGAAACUUCCAACGGAAUUGUGGUUCACUGGCUAAUUUUAGGAAGUUAUACACCGGAAACCAUUUUUAAAAGAUUUCAUCUUCUCACUGAUUCAGCCCAGAGUGUGAUUACAGAGCACGGUGACAUACAAUGGGUCACCUGUGUGAUUUUUGUGGGGAGCAAAGAUCUAUAGUAUAUUGUCGUUCAGAUGCUGCUUGUUUAUGUUUAUCCUGUGAUCGGAACGUCCAUUCUGCAAAUGCUCUCUCUAAGCGCCAUUCGAGGACACUGGUGUGUGAAAGAUGCAACUCUCACCCUGCCUCAGUUAGGUGCAUUGAAGAGAAUACAUCACUUUGUCAAAAUUGUGAUUGGAAUGGACAUGGUGGUUCUAACUCGUCUUCAGGACAUAAAAGACAGCCAAUUAAUUGUUACUCAGGCUGUCCUUCGGCAUCAGAACUAUCUAGGAUAUGGUCAUUUGUCCUGGAUUUUCCAUCCAUGGGAGAUCCUAAUUGUGAACAAGGAAUGGGGUUAAUGAGCAUUGACGAAAACACUGUUAGUAACAGUUGGGGACCUAAUGAAACAAACAACAAUGCAGAUGCAGCUGAUACCACUGGAAAUAAUGAUGCUGAAAAUCUGGAGAAGCUUAACAUGUGGAUGGAAUCGUCUUCGAUGCCCGAAGGGAACCAGGGUGGUGGAGAUCAGCAGGAUUCAACUACUCCGAAGCACUCCCCGAAAGACCUCGAAUUCAAUGAAAGUGAUCUCUAUGAGGAUUUCAACGCGGCUGAUGUUGACUUAAACAUUGAAAACUAUGACGAGCUCUUUGGUAUGUCCCAGAGUCACUCUGAACAUCUAUUUGAGAAUGGUGGGAUGGAUAGUUUGUUUGGGAUGAAGGAUAUGUCUGCUGCUGAUUCCAACCGUCAGGGUUUUUCUGGUGGAAAGUCUAAAACAAAGCAGCAGCCAGCUUGCAGUGCUUUAUCUGCUGAUUGCAUAAUGACCACGAAAACUGAACCAAUCAUAUCUUCUUAUCCAGAAAGACAAGCCAAUUCAUGUCACUCGCUUUCAUUUUCUGGUUUGACGGGGGAGAGUAGUGCGGGAGAUUAUCAAGACUGUGGGGUAUCUCCGAUGCUUUCAAUGUGUGAACCUCCAUGGUUUCCACCAGGGACUGAAAAUACAUUCACAACAGCAGGCAGGAAUAGUGCCGUCUUACGUUACAAAGAAAAGAAGAAAGCCCGCAAAUUUGACAAGAAAAUACGGUACGAGUCUCGCAAGGCAAGAGCUGAUGUGAGGAGACGUGUGAAGGGGCGUUUUGUAAAGGCCGGGGAAGCCUACGAUUACGAUCCUCUAUGCCACACCAGAAGCUACUGAGAGUAUAUUUUCAAACUAUACUGGAAGGAUGGAAAGACUGGCUAAAACUUUUACUUGAAAAAUAAAAAUCUUUUGAGAGAAGAUCCCCGAGACCUUAUUUUCUCCCUGCAAUAACAGGUCUUGUCACUUUUUCUUUUCCCAGGGAUGAGAUGUUGUAAAAAAGGCAUGUAUAAAAGAAACUGAGCCGCAGCAGUUGUCUGGUGAGAAUUCACGUCGAGAAAUCCAGCACCAAGCAACACUAGUGUUAUCAUCAGUAACAACCAUGCAGAUUAUAAUAUACCUGUUGAUGUCAACACUGCAGCAUGUCUGGCCCAAUGCAGCUAUGCUAAAGAUGGUAUCUCCUCUCUUUUCGAGGUCGAAUCACAUGUUCUGUCUCUUCAGUGAACGGAAAGCCAUCUGUUUUUGUCCCUACUCUUAAUAUCUUAUACAUUUCGUCACCAGCUCUUCCUCCUUCCAGAUGUUCCUUCUCAUUUUUUCCGGGGGAUUACUCUCGGGAUUUCAGCUACAUGUUACAACAGGUGCAAUAACUCGUGACUAUACAGACAAGAAGAAUAGACUCCAGUUAUUUUUUAAAAUGUUCAUAAUAACAUUUUUUACCGUGAGAUAUGUACACCAAGAUCAUCUAUGUAAGUUGAGUGUGUAUCCCCUGAUUGAAUGAUACAGUAAGAAACUGUUGUAGAAGCCAUGUACUUUUCUUUGUUUAAUUUGUCUUGUAAAAAGUUACUAAAGUCGUCUUAUA